UCUGCCAGCCAGCCCUGGAUGCGGUUGGGCUGGUGACGGUGGCUCACCAUGGCCUUGGCGGACAAUGCGAGCUGCGCCAAACCCGGCGAGGACUUCCCUUUCCCCGAGAUCAUUGAGCUCAACGUGGGUGGGCAAGUGUACAUCACGCGCCACCCCACCUUGGUCAGCGUACCCGGCUCGCUGCUCUGGGAGAUGUUCACCCAGAAGAGCAUCCGCUCCUUGGCACGGGACAGCAAGGGCCGCUUCUUCGUGGACCGGGACGGUUUCCUCUUCCGCUACGUCCUGGAUUACAUGAGGGACCAGCAGCUGGUGCUGCCGGACCACUUCCCGGAGAGGAACCGCCUGCAGCGGGAAGCCGAGUACUUCAAGCUCCCGGAGCUGGUCAAGAUGCUAGCUCCCAAGCUGAGCCAGCAGAACUCCAUUGGGGAUGACCCAUGCCAGAGCGACCCAGAGGAGCUGUCCCCGAAUGUCGACACGGCCCGCAGCCUCGCCUCUGCCGGCAGCACCCUGGCGAAUGCCCCUGGGGGCCCCAGCGGGGGCAGCGCUGUCCCGGACAGCCGCAGGUCAGGCUUCAUCACCAUCGGCUACCGGGGCUCCUACACCCUGGGCAGGGACAGCCAGACGGAUGCCAAGUUCCGCCGGGUGGCGCGGAUCAUGGUGUGCGGCAAGACUUCGCUGGCCAAGGAAGUCUUUGGGGACACCUUGAACGAGAGCAGGGACCCGGACCGGCCCCCGGAGCGCUACACCUCCAGGUAUUACCUCAAAUUCACCUUCCUGGAGCAAGCCUUUGACAAACUGGCCGACGCCGGCUUCCACAUGGUGGCGUGCAACUCCACAGGCACCUGCGCCUUUGCCCACGACCAGACCGAUGACAAGAUCUGGACCUCUUACACCGAAUAUGUUUUCUACCGUGAGUGACGCUUCCCAAAAGCCAAACACCAAAUGCCAACUCUCCCUCCCCACCUGCUGUGCUGGCUGUUUUCUUUAGAAUGUAGACAUCAGACCCUUGAACCCUGGUAUUUUUUCCUCCCUCCCUUCCAUUUGUUUUUCCAAGUCGAACCCUCUCGGGCUCCCUCUUGUACUGGUUAUAGAAUAACACCCUCCUCUCCAGCUUCCAAGAUGAGUUCCCAGCCCUCCCCGGAUCCUGGACUCGGCUGAUCUCGUGCGGGAGGGGAGGGGUACAGAUACGGCUGUGUCGGGGGUGAACAGCGCGGGGGGGUUUGCUGCGGGACAAGCUCACCGGAGUUCAAAGAGCGAAGAAACGCUGAGCUGAGCUCCAGCUGGGUUGUAACUGGAACCGAUUCCCAGCCUCACAAUGUGCUGAGCCGGGAAAUGCGCUGGGGACAUGAGACUCGGUUUGCGGGGCGUCUCGUGCACGGGGCGUCUCGGUUCCAUGUCCUGGAGGAUGGUGGGCGCAGAGGGGAAAGAGAGCCCGGUACUGUCGUGAUAUUGCCAAUAGCCUACGUAAGCAGCUUAGCAUUUAGACCGCCAGUGCUUGGAAAGGUGAGAGCGACAGAGACGUCCCACGCCUGUGUGCAGCUCUGGAUUCAAAACAUUGCCACUGCUCUCAAUGAGACCUGUCCUGGUGCUUUGAUGUGGACUAAGAGAAAGACCCACACACCUGUGUAUGUAGCGGGGUUGGGAGAGGAGUGGGGAAAGGCCCAGCGGGUCUCUUCACACCGGGGAUCUUAGCUAAAGACGAGGGGGGGGGGGGGGGAUUUUUG